AUGGCAAAUUCGAACAAAACAACAUCGUCCAGCGGCGUCGUACAAGGAGCGUCGCCAUCCCGCAAUGGCAAAGUAGAAUCCGCACCCAGGUCCUUCUUCUCCAAGAGAAUGGCUAUCCUUUUCAUUGUUUCUGCGUAUAUCUUUUUAAAGCACCAAGAUGACUUACAAGGACAGGGAGGAGAGCAGUUGGCCAAAGUGCAAGUACCUAACAGAGUUAUUAGAAGUUUAGCAAAGGAAACCGAAUCUCAAUCAGAAGAUGAGGGUGAAUUAGAGGAGGUGGAAUACGAAAAUGAUGAAGAUGCUGAACAAGAAGUGUAUGAAGAAUCACGGGAAUACGUAGGUGAUGAUGAGGAGGUGGAAGGAGAAGAAUUUGUAGAAGCACAGGAAGAGAUGCCAGAAGGAGGUUAUUCUGAUGAGGAAUAUGAAGAGCAGGCUAAGCUAUAA